UGGAUAGCGUGUUCAUCUUCCAGAGCUCUGCAGAGGAGGCUGCAAAUACGUCCUACGAUGCUAUUGUGGUUGAGCAGUGGACCGUUGUAGAUGGAGUUGUGGUAAAGACAGACUACAUCCCUCUGCUGCAAUCGUUAGCCCCAUACGGAUGGAGACUGAUGUGCGUGUUACCCACACCCAUUGUCAAGACAAAUAGUGAUGGGAGUUUGUCGACUAAGCAAAUCCUUUUCCUUCAGAGACCCGUUUUGCAGCGCAAGAGGAAAGACUUCAAGAUGCUGAGCCUCAGAGGUCGCAGCAAGCCAAAGAAACACUUUGCCGGAGAAGCACUGGACGAACAAGAGAGCAAGUCCCUCGUGAUCGAGACUGAGAUGGACAGGCUGAGAGUUAACGAGGAGGAGGAAGGGAGGAGCAGGAGAGCGAGCCUUCAGAGUGGAGAGGAUGCAUCGCAUCAAAAGAGCUUCUCGUUCCUGUUAGAGCGACGGCCUUCCGCUGAGGAGGAAACCGACGUCGACGAGGUCCCGCAGGAGAAGUUGAGGUGGACGGAUUUCUGUCAAAGUGAUGCUGGGGGGUUAAAGGAGGUCAGGGUGGACGAGCGGAUCAAACACCAGCUGUUUUCAGGUGUUUGUUGA